AUGUAUCCACGUAUCCCACCGCGUAUCUAUCCACGUAUGUAUCCACAUAUCAAUUCACGUAUCUAUCCUCGGUACGGUCCACGUAUCUAUCCACGUAUCAAUUCACGUAUCAAUCCACGUACCUAUUCAGGUAUCCAGCCUCGUAUCAAUCCACGUAUCAAGAGACGUAUCUAUCCACAUAUCAAUACACGCAUAUAUCCACGCAUCCAUCCACGUAUAUAUCAACGUAUCUAUCCCCGAAACUAUACACGCAUCGAUUCACUUUUCAAUCCAGGUAUCCAGCCACGUAUCAAUCCACCUAUCCAAAGAUGUAUCUAUCCACAUAUCAAUACACGUAUAUAUCCACGCAUCCUUAUACGUAUAUAUCAACGUAUCUAUCCAGGUAUCUAUCCACGGUUAUAUCCACGUAUCAAUCCGGGCAUCAAUCAACGUAACCAUACAGGAUUCUCUCCACGUAUCUAUCCACGUAUCAAACGACGUAUCGAUCCACAUAUCAAUCCACGUAUAAAUCCACAUAUCAAUCCACGUAUCUAUUCACACUUCAAUCCACGUAUCAAUCCACGUGUCUAUCCACGUAUCUUUCCACGUAUAAAUCCAAGCAUCAAUCCACGCAUCAAACCACGUAUCUAUCCGCGGUCCUCUCCACGUAUGUAUCCACGUAUCUCUCCAAAUAUCAAUCCACGUAAAAAUCCGGGCAUCAUUCCACGAAACUAUACAGGAUUAUAUCCACGUAUAUAUCCCCGUAUCCAACCAGGUAUUUAUCCACGUACCUAUCAACAUAUCAUUUCACGUAACUAUCCACUGUUCUCUCCACCUAUCUGUCCAGGUAUCCAGCCACGUAUCAAUCCACGUAUCAAAAGACGUAUCUAUCCACAUAUCAAUUCACGUAUAAAUCCACAUAUCAAUCCACGAAUCUUCCAACGUAUCUAUUCACGGUUCUAUCCACGUAUCAAUCCACGCAUCAAUCCACGUAUUUAUCCAGGUAUCUAUCCAUGGAUCAAUCCACGAAUCAAUCAGGGCAUCAAUCCACGUAACUAUACUGGAUUCUCUCCACGUAUCUAUCCACGUAUCCAACCACGUAUCUGUCCACGUACCUAUUCAGGUAUCCAGCCACGUAUCAAUCCACGUAUCAAGAGACGUAUCUAUCCACAUAUCAAUACACGCAUAUAUCCACGCAUCCAUCCACGUAUAUAUCAACGUAUCUAUCCCCGAAUCUAUCCACGUAUCUAUUCACUUUUCAAUCCAGGUAUCCAGCCACGUAUUAAUCCACGUAUUAUAAGACGUAACUAUCCACAUAAAAAUACACGUAUAAAUACAGGUAUCCAUCCACGUAUCUAUCCACGUAUCCAACCACGUAUCUGUCCACGUACCUAUUCAGGUAUCAAACCACGUAACAAUCCACGUAUCAAAUGA